AUGCUCGAAAAAGGAUCAUCAAAACUACACGAAGUGGUUUCUGCGAGCUUUAACAGGAGCCCAAACAAUCUUAUUUUCACUCAUGAUCUAAAGCAGGUGUAUUCCCUGUUACUAAUAUGCCUGGAUCUCAAGGAAAGGCCCCGAGAUUCCAGUAAGAAUAUUUUUAAUGCGCUCAGCAAAAGCUUCCCGUACUCCUUUUCAGUGCAGGACGCGGUGGAGAAGAUGAAAGACUUACAGCUUCACGUGGACUUAACCACUACUAGCGUCCAUAUCAAAUAUGCCAUCAAGCCGGAUCUCGCAUAUAACCUUCUAACCUUAUUUAUGGAUGCAAAACUUCUGCAUACUCCUGCCGACAGAACGCGGGACGCGCCUAAAGAAAAUGUUUUAUUACAACCAACGCCGAAGGGUACAGCAAUAUUACAGCAUUAUGUGUCGCGAAUGGGUCUGAAAAUUAUCCCACCUGUUCUAAAAUCCUCAUUCAACUCCAUGCAGCUUUUCACGUUUGAACGGAGUUCGACUAGUGAUGCUAUCCUGCAUAGUGACUCUUUCAUUCAACUUUUAUUCGUUAACGCCAUGGGCCCGGAGCCAAAUGUCUGGCAGCCAACCAACCAAGUUGACAAGAUUCCCCCGCUUUCAGCGCAUCUGGGGCAUGAAAACAUCUUUUCAUUUGAAAGUACGGUGGUUGAUUUUUGCAGACGUGCCGACUAUAGUGUAUCAUGUUACAACGGUAACAAGGCUGAUAACAAAUACGAACGGAAGGAGUUACGGGAGAAACCAAGAGAAUCACCAUUCGCCCAUAGAUUUUUCACAAACCCGGAUUCCGAUGCGCAUAUUCAGUAUUAUAUUUCGGAGAAGGGCGUGCGGUUAUUUGAAUCCAAAAUGUUUGGCAAAAAGGUAUUAAUCGACUACUCAUUUACGACAAAGGCCCUUUGGCAAUGGCUAAUGGAUUGCACAGAUAUUAUGUAUCCAAAAGAAGCGAUUUCCAUUGCUGCAUUAUUCUUAAAGAAAGGUCUAAUUACUCCUAUUUUGUUACCCCCAAGUUUGAAUAUUCCAGGCAAAUUUGCUGUAAGCAAAAAUGCGUACUAUACUUUGAGCAACUCAGGGUGGCAAAUAGUACGCUGGAUGCAGGGAUUGAGAUGUUCCCGUGAUUAUUAUCCACUCUUCGGAAUUAAGAGGAAGUAUGUUUAUGAGCUGAGAAUAGACACUACCGUCAUCAGCUGCGACAGUAGCAAGGAACGACCAAAAAAAAGCGAUGGAUCCGAUGAGGUUUUUGGAACAAAACAAACUAUGCGGUGUUCGAGGCAUAUAUUAGAUUUGAGAACGAUAUUGAAAGACCCUGGUAUGAGAUAUUUGUUCAGAAGGCAUCUUGAGAGGGAGUUCUGCACGGAAAAUUUUGACGUAUAUCUCGAGAUUAAAAAGUUUUCAAAACGAAUGACUAUUUUAAAGAAGCUCUUAGAUUUUAGAACCCGUAAACAGGAAUGUGCUGUCACUUCAGACUCUUUCCAUUUUUCACAAAAGACCUGCGAUAGCAUAGACUCUCGUAUCAUAACGAACAUUGACGAAUGUUUGGCAGUUGGUUGCCAUAUCUUUUUGACAUACAUCGCCUCUGGAGCUCCGUUCCAGGUUAAUAUUGAUCAUGAACUUCGAACUUCAAUAAUUUCUCUGAUGACAGAUCCCGGAUCAUCUCUUAAACAGGUUUUCGAGAAUCCUUUCAGUGAUGAAGCUGAAAUAGCGCAGCCAUUUUGUAUCUCACCAAACGACUAUAUCUCAUCUAUGGAAGCAUUUAUGACACCAAUAACCCGUCAAAGAAAGAUAAUAAUUAACAGUCUCAAAACAAACUUGGAUCCAGAGACACCCUCAUCACUUACAAAUUACGUCACUGGCGAUUUAAAUGAUAAGGGCUGCAGUCAGAUACCGCUAUCAUCGUCACCAACAGCUUUUAUAGUCAGUAAUCUGAAAAUUCUGAAGGAGCUCUAUGUCCUUCUCGAUAGGGUGGCGAAACACAUAUAUCGGCUGAUGAAUAUUGAUUCUAUCCCGAAGUUUUUGAACUCUGACCUUUAUAAAGAAGCAAUCAAUUUUAUUGAUACUCGGAAGAUUGAUUGUUAA